GGGGGGGGGGAAAGAGUGAAAGCAAAGCCGACGGUGUAGCACUGGGGCUUGAAGCGAGCGAGCGAGCCUGCCCGGACUGCCAGCGAGAGUGAGGAGCGCUGCCGGAUUAGCGCGUCUCGUCGUCCUCCUCCUCCUCAUCGUCGUCGUCUGUGCGAAAGGAUCGCGGCUGCUGCUGCGGCUGCGGCUGGCCGAGCAACAACAUCCCCCCUCUCACCCACCGGUCUUCCGAGAUGCUGCGAGCGAUUUAAGUCAACGAGCCCAUGAGGAUGACAUAAAAGAGAGGUGCUUUGUGGUGGUGGAGGGGGGAGGAAGAAGGAAAAACCCUCCACCCAUGGCUGUCUAAAAAUACUUUUUCGUUGGAAAAGAGAAGGCUGAUUUAGAAAGAACACGGAAAGCGGCAGUAAGGAAAAGAAAAGCCAAGAAAAACCCGGGCGCUUUCACGAAAUAAGCGUUCGCGCGCGUUUGCAGUAUACCUGUGGACUGUUCUAUUUAUUAUUUUCGGGUUUUUUUCCCUCCCCCGAAGAAAUGAAUGAAAAUGCGUCAAAGAUCCUUGCUGUUGAUUUUCAUUUCGUCGCCGACUGCGACGAAGUGAACGCGCUGUUCGCGAACUAAAGAGGGAAAAGGUAGUGAAGGAAUGAGUGUUUAUAAGAAGACGACGAUGAAGUGAUAAAAAAAGAAUUGCGCACCUCUGGGGGCAUUUAAACUUAGCCCUGGGAUACAAACGCGCCCACUCGCCACUCGGUAGCGCACACCACAACAACAACGACACCACCACGACGACCGCUUCGCAAACAACACUUCUCCCCGGCUGCCGGCUCUUGCUACGGGCACUCAUCAUCUGCGUGCUUGCGAGCGAACCGGGGUGGGUGGGUGGUGGUGGUGGUCACAGCGAGCGCACGAGGGAAGGCGGAGACCCCGCGGGCGCACGGGGGGGGGGCUGGGACGGAGAUCAUCGGCGGCGGCGGCAGUAGCAGCGGCAGCGGCGACAACAACGACUGCUGCUGACUGCUGCUGACGACUGCUGACUGCUGCUGCCGGGUUGCGGCUUGCUGCAGCGGUCCAUCUGCGGCACCGCUCUUCUCGUACAAUUGGAAGUUUAAAUAACAAAAAUCUCCUCCUCCCCCCCCCCCCCCCAAGUGAGAUAUUGGGGAGGGAGGGUGGGUGGGGGAGCAGCCCCCCCACCGGACGACGAGCAAGAGUGUGUAGGGGGGGGAGGUGAUGGAAGCGAAUGAUUGAAAGCCCCACAGACAACAAACUCUGCCUGGGAAGAGGCUCGCGGGCCGUGCCAGGGUUCGUUUCAACCGGACAAAGGGGUGGUGGGGGGGGCAGUGAAAAGACUUUCGAGCGGCAGAAACGGCAAUUGUUGUUCGUGCAUCGUCGUCGAGAAAAAUAAACGAGGCAACAAUAACAAAAAAAUCGCUGCCGCCACCGCCGCCGCCGCCUCGAAUUCCGCAACGUGCCAAGUGACGGCGCAAACGAAUGGAAGUCAUCUCCGGAAAGCUGCCGAGUGCGUUCGCCGCCCUCUCGGAGCAGCCUCCAAACGAAGGGGGAGCAGCAGCAGCAGCCGCGCGAAUGAAACGCGAAUUUGGAAUUACGCGAGCGAGAGAGAUCAACCUCGCCAGAAAUACCAAGGGCUACUUAAACCCGUCGCCGCUUGAAUGAGAAGGAAGAAACGCAGUAAGUUGUAUUGCCAACAUUUUGGUUCGUUCUUCAUCUAAGAACGAUUUUUCUUUUUUUUUGCGUGUAAAGUACAUCCUCUGCGAAUAAGAACAAACAAAAAGCGUAUUGGAACAAACAAACAAAAGUACAUCUAUCCGAGGAAUAACGUAACGGGAACAUAGAAGACGUGUCAGCAAACCCCUUGUUUUGUGUGUGUGUGUGCGCGCAAGCUCAUUUUGGUGAACACGGCACGGGGACCCCCCCACCACCACCACCUCCUCCGUCAUUCCUCGUGAUGUAGAGAGCAGAGAGAGAGCAAGGACGCGCUCCUAUGAAAAGGUUCCACACGCAGCCAUUUUGCUGCAAAGAAAACCGCCCUGCCGUCAAAAGAUGUGGUCCGGUACGUGUUGGACUGACACAAUAGCUGCCGCGUAAUUUAUUUGCCAAGUUUCGACGGACUGCGGCUAACAAAAAAAAAGAAAUAACCCACCACAUGGACCAUACACAUGCGGAGCAAUGCAUCUUUGCGGACGGCGAGUGGAAAGUUGUACAGCACUUUUCAAUGCACACUGCAAUGUACAUAGAUUUAAAAAAUUAUGAACGUUGUCGGCGAGCUUUUAGAAUAUUCUCUUGCUGCUUUAAUCAGUUGCAUUAAUGAUGACGUCAGAUUUGGAGAUUCCAAGGCAAAUAUCCGAGCUCCGGUUGCCAACGUCUAUCACGCAAUCUGUGACUCUGCUGUGCCUCUUUGCCAUGGUCGUGACUUUAUUACCGCCAGUCAAGGGGCAGACCUGUCCAGCUGUGUGCUCAUGCACGCAGCAGUUCAACCGUGUCAUCUGCUCCCGCAAGGGGCUGAAUCAGGUGCCCAGUGGCAUCUCCAACACGGCGAGGGUUCUGAACCUGCAGGAGAAUAGCCUCAAGAUGGUGCAAGCAGACAGCUUCAGAAAUCUGCACAGGUUGGAGGUGCUGCAGUUGGCGCGCAAUGCCAUUCGGCAAGUGGAGGUGGGGGCUUUCAAUGGGCUGACGAGCCUGACCACUCUGGAGCUUCUUGACAACAGGCUUACGGCUAUUCCCAGCGGAGCCUUUGAAUUCCUUUCAAAGCUGCGUGACCUGUGGCUAAGGAACAACCCCAUCGAAGACAUCUCGGCAUAUACAUUCACCCGCAUCCCGUCGUUGCAGCGGCUGGACCUGGGAGAGCUGACAAAGCUGCAGUUUAUAUCGAAUGAAGCAUUCGAGGGCCUCAGCAACCUGCGCUACCUGAACCUGGGCAUGUGCAACCUGCGUGAAGUGCCGAAACUCUCUCCACUGGUGAGAUUGGAGGAACUGGAACUCUCGGGGAACCGAAUUGAGAUCCUGAGGCCAGGGUCUUUCCAGGGCCUCGCCAACCUCCGCAAGCUGUGGAUCAUGCACUCCGAGGUUCGGCUGGUGGAGAGGAAUGCGUUUGAUGAGCUGCAGUCCCUGAAGGAGCUGAACUUGGCGCACAAUAGCCUCAUGUCUCUGCCACAUGACUUGUUCAGCCCUUUACAGAAGCUGGAGCGGGUCCAUCUGCACCACAACCCGUGGACGUGCGACUGCGACAUUCUCUGGCUCAGCUGGUGGCUCAGGGAGAACGUACCCAACAACGCCACCUGCUGCGCACGCUGCGCCUUACCUGCGGACCGCAAGGCAAUUAACCUUUGGGAGCUGGACUCCAGCAGAUUUACUUGCUACCCUCCAUUAAUCGAGGUUCCUCCGUCAGACGUGAAUAUCAGCGAGGGAAUGGCAGCCGAGCUGAGAUGUCGAGCGCCAUCAUCUGCAAGUUCUGUGACGUGGAUCACCCCAAACGGCACGUCAAUGACGCAUGGAUCUUACAAAAUUAGGAUUUCUGUUUUGCACGACGGGACUUUGAAUUUUACGAACGUUACUGUGCAAGACACGGGGAUUUACACUUGUCUUGUGGCCAAUUCUGUCGGCAACUCGACUGCUUCGGCAACAUUGAAUGUGACAGCACCGGACACGGGCACCAAUGGAUAUACCUAUUUCACCACCGUGACGGUUGAGACGAGCGAACCGACCCGCGGCGGUGCCAGGGACGGCAGGGGGUUCACGCACUCCCCGCGUUUGACCACCACGCCGUUUUCCCUGAACGGGCCGUCAGAUGAGACCGCCGUGGGCACAAGGCCAGCGGCCGCCUCGGCGAGCCCCGGGGACAGCGCGUCCACGGCAGGGCUCGACGAGGUCAUGAAGACCACCAAGAUCAUCAUAGGAUGCUUCGUGGCCAUCACGCUCAUGGCAGCCGCCAUGCUGGUCAUCUUCUACAAGCUGCGCAAGCAGCACCAUCGGCAGGGGCGGCACAUGAUCCAGGCACGUGCCAUCGAAAUCAUCAAUGUGGACGAGGACGUAGGGGCCGGCGCCAGCGGGACUCUGGGAGGUCGGCACACGCAGCAGCACAACCCGCACUACCUUCACCAUGCCUCGCCGCUGGGCCUGGACCUUUCGCUGGGAUCGCCCAAGCAGAAAAAUCACGACGGGGUCAUUAACCCCACAGGGCUCUACAGCACAUACAAGCCCAUGUACGGCUACAGCAACCACAUGGGGACUCUCAACCACACGGCGGUCAACUCAUUUCACCAUUCCAUACAUGAACCUUUACUGAUACGUACAAACUCGAAAGAGAAUGUUCAGGAAACGCAAAUAUAAUUGCAGUUUGGGACUAAUGUAUGUACGUAUGUAUGCGUGAAAGGACUGCGUGGGUUUUAAUUGUGCAAAAACUCAUAUCUUGUAAAAGAUUUAUUUUAUUCAAAGAAAUAUAAGGAUGUGGUCACAAUGUCCUGAUAAGGUGGCCUAUGUAAGAUUAACUGGUCAAUUUGCCAAUUAAACCUCUGUUUUAUAUAAAAGUACAGUUCUUACAAGGUAAGUUAGUUAUGAAACCAGUUGUGGAGAUAUACAUUGUUAUUAGUUCAUUUGGUGAAGUGAUGUACGACUACUAACACAACAAUAUGCGUCUUUUAAACAUUUAAAAAAGACAAUUUGUAGCAUUUGUCACAUUACCAAAGUUUUAUUUUUAUGUUGUCAGAUCAUCAAGCAUCUAUUCCAUGUGAAGUUUGCAUAUUUACAAAUGUAAUUAUGAACUGAUUUGUAGUAGACAUGCCAAUAGAAUUAAAUAAAAAAAAAUUGAUAGUUUUCAAACACUGAUGACAGUCCUGUUUUAAGAGUGUUUUUACAAAUGGGGAGAAAAAUAUUUCUUCCACGUUGAUAUAAACAGUAUUUUACUUUACCACUUGUGAUGGGUGGCGACAAAAAAAGAGCUGCAUUUCAGUUCUUCAUUUAUUUCAUUUAUGUAUAUCUUUAGUUCCAUAUGUGUACUAGGUAGCAUCACUAAUUUGCACACUGAUAGAAUCUGUUUUGAUUUUGGGGAAUGAGCUAUUUAUUGUGGCUGGUGUAACUGGACACGAAAACUGACAUGACAGCCCACUUUUGAAUCUGGUGUCGUGUGUUCUCUAUGGCAUUCACGGAGGAAAACAUAUGACGCACUUCUUGAUACUGUGCCCACGGAAAAGUAUCGCAAGAAAUGAGUCGAGGGCUUCUCUAAUACUUCUAAUGCAUUGUCAUAGAAAAGCCAACACAAAGCUGCAUUGCAUAUAAAAACAAAUAUUUAAAAGAAUAAUAAAAUAAGAAUGUUGCAGCCCAUAUGCCCCUGACAGUAUUUUUGUGCCGGGAACAGUUUGUGAUUUACUUUGCCCAUUCCUGCAAAAAGCACACAACUUACACAAUAUGCAGUACUGAAUUUACGACCUGCUCUUUCAUGGGGGAAAACAAAUAACACUUUAAUUUGAAGAGGUCGAAUAGCAAGGGUGAGAAGGAAAAGAAAAUGAAAUCAAUGGUUACUGCAAAUGGCUAUAUUUUUGUUCCCCUUGUCUGGAUGUAGUUAUGCCAUGCCACCUCGCGUCGUACGCUUGGGCAGCGGGCAUCAUGUUAGAAUUGCGCACAACUCCUUUACGAUCUUUAAAGGGAUUGGUUAAUGGGGCUAAAGAAAUAAACACCAUUGGAAAAAUGAAUGUAGACAGGAAGGGCAUUAAGGAGCCCCUACAGGGGACAAAAGGUUGUUCCCAAAAGGUUUGUCAAUCCUCUAAUAGUGGACUAUCGACCUUCAGAAUAAGCAGACGAAAAAAGUCUUAUCAUUCGUUCUUGACAGACAGCUGGCCCCCUCGGGCUCACCAUCAUUCUAAGCGCACCGGGGUGCUCACUAUUGAUUUAAUUAUGUUCACAUUCUGUGCCGUGACUUUAACUGUCAUCAACACGAUAAUUAAGACAAGCUCUGGGUGGCGAGGCACGCCUAAUGAUAUCACACCUAAGAGUCAUUCUGCGGUGUACGGUGCUGUGACAAUUUCAUAAAUCCUAAAGGUGAAAAAAAAACGAUUCCGUAGGGUCUGAAAGUGAAGAUUAACAUUUCCGUGCAACAGCUGUUUGGCAGGAGAGCUAAUUUUUAAUAAACAAAAAAAAGGUUGACGAGGUUUGUGUAAGAAGGUGGCAUUGGUGCGAGCUGCCUACCAUUGGCCUUUAUAUUUUCGCAAAGUGGAGCCUUCGCAAUUGCAGCGAAUACCGCUUCUCUUUUUGAGCAGGAGCAAAGGCCGCGUGUCAGAAGGCUGCCCACGCCACCCACCCAGUCUUUACAGACGUCGCGCGCUUUCACUUAGAGGCUCGUUGCAACAAAAGCGAUUUUUUUUCUCUCUGUCUUGGUCUGCUUGCUUUCAAUUUAGUAUGACUAGGUAUACGCAAUGAUGUGGCGUCACGGACUUCUGGUAAAAUUAUUUAAAGAUGUAGAUGUCCCAAUAACGUUAUUUAUUUAAUUGUUUUGUCUCCCUGCACUGGUCUAAAAAAAGGGAAAAUUAUUGAAUUCAUUUGUAAAUAUGUUCCAGCUAAUAGGGUUUGCAAAAAAAAUCAACGUAAAAAAUAUACAUCAGAAGGAACCAAUUUAGAAAACGGAUACUGUUGACAAUACAGUACCAAAUAAGCAGCUCGAGAAUUUGGAAAUAAGCUCUUUUAGUUAAAAUCAACUUAUGAGUUUAAACCCCCAGGCAAAUGUUCUUCAAAAAUAAUAUUUUACCUUAUACAAAACGCAAUCACGUAAUAAUUAGUGGUUUGAACGUCUACACUGAACAACUAAUGCAUCUACAGGUUUUGAAAACAUAAGAGAAUAAGAUGAAUUUCAAUGUAUUUUUUUGCCCAAUGCAGGGCAAUGUCGUAGAACUGCCAAACAGAACUGAAACCCUUGAUGUUAAUGGCCAUCGAUAUAUUUCAGCUGGCAUCCGUCCUGAAAACCAUUGAUACGAGUGUGGAAGAAGUUUAGUUACUGCGCAGUACUGUGGUGUCGUGAGAGGCUAAAAAAGUCCGAUAUUCACGAGUCAUCACCACAGAGUGCAGGCGUAAGGUCCAGGUCCAGGGCAUAAAAGCUGGUACACACGCAGCACUGGAGUUAAUAUAUAUGAUACAUAUUUCAGAAUUUAAAAUGUACAACUUGAGAGACAAUUUAAAAUUAUGUAUAUAAACAUAUGCUAAUGAACCAGUAUAAAUUCUGUUUAUUACAUGUAUCCCAGAAUAAUGAAAAGGCUGUUUUUAUAAAAACAAAUUCAAUGACAACGAUUGUUUUCUUCAGACAUAAGCCUUGGUAAAAAAAAUGGUUUGCCCUUUAAUUAAAACCUAUUUUUUGCCUAAAAGUGCCAUUACAAUACACAUUCCUAAUUCUGUUGCUAUGCAAGUGAGCAUGUUUGAAUCGCAAUUUGACAUCAAUAGCCCGCUGUCCUUUCGGCUCCACCAGCACACAACGUUGACUCUGCCUGCACAACAGGCCCAGCUAGUUGUUUUUUGGAAUUGCAUAAUACUACUUGCGUGUUGGGGAUUGACUUCGAAUCAAAUGCAACAAUAAUUAUAUAAUUGGUCUUUCCAGUCUCACCUGAUAUGGGUGCUUUGCAGAAGAAUGUGCUAUUUGCGCAGCUGGUAACUCUACCCACAAUACUGCGGCAAACGCCUGAUGGCAUAACCAUAAUUUUAAAUGGCAUGGCAGGUCCGUAUUGAACGACUAAAACACCGCAAUCCAUUAAAUAUUCCACCUCAGUUGUACAAAUAUUAAAUACUGCGACAAGAUAAAAAUAAAAAGUCAGGAAAUCAACCAGAUGAACAUAUAUUGUCAGAAUUAGGUAGGCAGCAAGCCCAGAUAUUCAACAGAGAAUGAUGGUUACAUGAGCAAUAAGACGUAAAGCAAUGUGCAUUGACAUUACUACAAUCUUAGAAACAGGUGCACACUAACAAAUGUUUUGCCAAUUUUUCACGAAUCAAACAUGAGCAGGACCAUAAAGGUCCACCACCUAGCCUACUGAUUGCCUCUACAAUUUCCUCUAGCAUGGGUCAUUACUUCCAUUUGUUUCCAGACUAGUGCAUACAAAACAUAAACAUGCCAUCGUUCAUACAAAAAAAACCCCAGUACUUCAAACGCAGGUAGCUCGCUUUUCCCUAAUACUUAUUAACCUUGUGGUGAAUAGAUGGAGACGCAGCAAUGCUUAUUUUUUUGUGACAGACGUCUCUUGGAUGCUUAUUUUACUAAUAAUUGCUUUCAAAUUCAGCACUGAGCAAGCCCCUGGUUCUUGUACGUUCCCUCAGAUUAUACUGCCAGAUGACUCCUGGGGUAAUAGUAGGGUGUAGUUUUGAAGGGCUGUAGCUCAAACAUAAUGACAAAGUGGCACGUUGGCACUUUACAUUCAAACCAAAGAUAAGCGGAACUAUAAUAAACACAUUUUAACACUUGACGUUUCUUUUAAGCAAUCUUGCUGAACGUAUACUGUACUUCUUAAGGACAAUUAAUUGGCACAUUAGGAAAUUAACCAAAAUGUUUGUCCCUGUUUCAUUGCGGAUAUUGUCCGAAUUCUGUGACACCAAUUAGCCAAUAACUGGACAGUACACUGUACUAUUUAAAGGACAGCCCAAGGAGGUGUUCCAUACAAUCCCCUACCUCCUCCCCUCCCACCACCUCUCUUUCCCUAUUCUCCUCUCCUUGCCUGAGGCAUGUGUGCGUCACACAGCAGUCAAGAAACCCAGGUGCCAGCCCCCUGCGAGGCGGGAACUGCCUUGGUAUACAUCAAUGUUCCCGAUCCGUGUAUUCCCCGUGUAAGGAAUUGUUCUACUGCACACACCACGCUACAAACUUACUAUCUGCGUAAUCCAUUGCUCUGCAACAAGCUCCUCACAUUACCUCUCUGGUGCUCUGCAACUACAGCAGCAGCAGCACGUUAAGCCUGAAACAAAACAUGGAACCGCGAUGUAUCUGAUGUCCAUCAACACCUUGGAAGACGGUCCUUGGCCUCACAGCAAUGUGUCACACCCCCCCCCCCCC